AUGUUGUUCUUCGUGAUACCCCUGACUUGGCGUUCCUGCGAAAAUGCAACUGUUGAAAAGGCGAGUGCAGUUCUCAACACCACCACCACAGAUCCGAGCAAACUGAUCCAACUUGCUGACCAAUUUCUGGCCAAAAAUGUAACCUGCAUGAACGUUGAUGGUGUGAAUGCCUGCAAACUGGCUGGAGGUUCCUGUCGUACGAUUGUGGAUGGCUUCUACAUCGAAAUUGGAUUAUGUCUUCUUGUUGGUCUUGUAUCCUACUUCACGAUCCUUCGUGGAAUGGCUAAGUCAUUGGAUUGUCUUCCACUCAAGGCCUGUUGA